UGGUCCGUAGCCGUCCUUUGUGAAAAGCGCGCAAAUUCGACUACGGUGCAUUUCAGCAUGUAUCAGGGUUCCGAGUAGUUAUUGACAAAAUUUAUGUAUUUUACUGUGUAAUUAUUUAUUAUAUGAGGAAAUAGUGUGUUGAAGGAAAGCACCAGCAGACGUACUGUACUAGAUAUGGAAGAUUUCACGUAUUAUAGCAACCACAGCAACAUGAGUUAUAUGAGUGAUUCGUCGGAAUCAGAUGCGCUCGAUCAUGAAUACAACAUUCCAGCUGCAAAAGGAGGCAAGAAAAACAUCAACCGAGGACGAUGGAGCAGAGAAGAGGAUGAGAAACUCAAGAAAAUGGUGGAUGCCCAUAGUACAAAUGACUGGAAGGUUGUAGCCAGUUUUUUUCCGGACCGUAGUGACGUGCAGUGUCAGCACAGGUGGCAGAAAGUUGUUAAUCCUGAACUUAUCAAGGGACCUUGGACUAAGGAGGAGGAUGAAUAUGUUGUAAAGCUAGUCAAGCAGUAUGGGCCAAAAAGGUGGUCACUGAUUGCCAAGCACUUAAAUGGCCGAAUAGGAAAGCAGUGUAGAGAGAGAUGGCACAAUCAUUUGAACCCUGACAUAAAGAAAACAGCUUGGACAGAGGAGGAGGAUAGACUAAUCUAUGAGGCACAUCAAAAACUAGGGAACCGAUGGGCUGAAAUUGCCAAGCUGCUUCCUGGAAGAACUGACAAUGCUAUUAAGAAUCAUUGGAAUUCUACAAUGAGACGGAAAUACGAGGAGGAGGAGGCACAAAAAGAACAGGGUAUGAAGUCACAUCACAUGCUCCAGCAUGUGCAGAAGCAACAACAGCAGCAGCAGCAGCAGGUGGCUGUUUCUCAGACUCCCCUGAGUGUGCCACAACCCCCUCCCCCAUUACAUCCACCACCUGCCUAUGUACAGCAUCAACAGCUCUACCAGGCAGCUCCAAAUCCUCAUCAGAACCUGAUGGUGAACCAGCAACACAGUGAGAAUGUCAUCGCUGCUACGGCGAAUCAGUUCCAUAGCCAAGCACAUUUACAAAGUGCAUGGCCACAGAACGCCUCCUAUACUCAACAAAGUCAAGUACCAGAGUUUGAAUCACCGAUACGAUGGAAAGUAAACGGGAAUGGGUUUCUCUCUCCCCUCAGAAACCUUAUGGGAGAGAGCAACAUGCUGAAUAGCAGCAGUGAUGGAUUUGCUGAUAUCAGUGCUUUUGAUCUAUUAAAUGGUGCAGAAGUUGACCCAAGCAUAACACCCAUCAAGUACACCGCACUAAAGGACAAGAAAGUUGAAUACAGAUUUGAUGGCAACUCCAUGCACCACCUGAAAAACUCUACUCAAAUGCAAGGCCUAAUCCCGAUUACACCUCAGAUAGCUUCACAUCUACCGGUACCAGCAAUCUUAUCAAAGAAGGAACGACUGCAGAACUCUGUUGGGGAUGCAAGCCGUACGGACGUCAGCAUGCGUUCGGAGUUGACGCACGAUGACGACGACAAUGAUAACGAAGACGAGAUGAGCAUAAACAGUAGCGUUGAAGCAUCUAGCAGUUAUAUGGACGUGACAGUAAAGACAGAAGGUCGUAGCCCACAAAAGCUUACGCCCAUCAAGACUCUGCCUUUCUCACCAUCACGGUUUCUGAACAGUCCGAUCUCGUUCAGUCACAUGCACAGCUACACGUCUACCCCAGUAUGCAGCACAUCGUCCGCUACCUUGACGCCCGACACUCAAUUCAGCUCCCUGCUGAGGAGUGCUGAUCCUAUGAUUGUUGAUUCUGAUAGAACGCAGCUGACCACACCAAAAGUCAGGAGAACUUUGCUUGAACAGGCUCCAAAAACUCCAACCCCAUUCAAGAAGGCAAUGGCAGCUUUAGAACAAAAGAGGGGACCUGUGAAGACACUGCCAUGCGGUGCCACUCGGCUGGACGACAUAGAGGAAAUCAUCAGUGGCGACGCGUCAGCUGGUCGGAUCUCUUUGUUCGGCUCUAUAGGGGAAACCACAAUGGGGAUGAUCAAGCGAGUCCCAAACAAGGAGAACAAGUCCCCUAUGAAAAAAGCACGGAAGAGUUUGACGGAUAAGUGGUCAACUCCUGGUGAGAUUGGAUUCAAUUCGCAGGACACCUAUCCAGGCAUCAUACUUGAGACUCCGAGCAAGAUGCUGCAGACUCCGCCUGACACAUCACUCAUGUUCUCUCCGCCGUCCAUCUUGAGAGACAGUAUGACCACUGGUCAGCAGUCUCUGAAUGAUGGCUUUGUGUGCGACGAUGGUGUGGCCACAGAGCCGGAUAGCAGCAUAACGAACAAGCGGCGGCGACACAGUGAAUCACUGGGAAGCCAGCACAUCGAGUCUCCUACUGUGGAAUUGCCAACCGUCGUCAAGUUGAGCGUUGAGUGGGAGAAAGUUGCCUGUGGCAAGACAAAGGAUCAACUGGAGAUGGUGGAGCAGGCUAAGCAGUGGAUAGAGGAAGUAAAACCACAGCCACUAAUCCAUUAAGGUUUAAACAUGGUGGUAGAACCAUCUGGGUCAUCACAUGCAUGCAUGUAAAUUCCGUCACAGCUGUUCCAUCGGAGCAGUAGAUUUGGCGAGAAUAUGAAACUUUGCAGCAUGUUUGUGUAUAGAUGGUGUGAGACUGCCCAGAGCAGGGUAUUUUAAUCUGCGAGCUAGACUGGAUUUGAUUACAUAUCGGAGUCGAGUUUUAUGCAAAAUAUUUUAGCUGCACAUGUCCGUUUAAGGGAAGUAAUGUUAUUAUGUUUGUGAAAAGAAAAGAAAAAAUACGACUUCCAGUAGGUUGAGGUGAGUUUGAGGAGAAUAUAUAGCCAUGUCUUGUUUUCUCUGUAACCACAAUGAUUCGGUUUUUCUAAGCAAAUUCAUGGUUAAUCUGCCCUGAAUACAAUAAAUGUCAUGAGUCACUGCUUGAAGUAACGUCACUAGGUCUUAUAGCAAUGAUCACAUUUGAUUUCAUAUCCGUCUUAAUGGCUGGUAUGUGAUAUCAAUACUAAGCCCAACUUUAGAAUAUGACAAUUAAUAUUUUCGCUAAACAGUCCAAUUCUUCAAAAUCAUGCCGACGAAAAUUUUCUAUUGGCCUUCACCAAAUUAUUUUUUCUUGUUAUGUCCUCUUUAUGAAUAGUGCUUAUGUAUAAUUUUUAUGUGUGGAGGAAAUGGCAAAGAUUUGUUUACGUGCUGACCAGUUGCUGGGUAGCUACAAUCAAUAAAUCAUUUGCAGGUGGGCUCAUGUCAAUAUUAUAGAACUUGAGGCGAUAGGCACAGAGCAGUGAUUUCAUCACAUGUUGUUUGGCAUUAAGCAGUGUCAUUUAAUCGAAGAACAGCCGCGAAACCAUGCUGUGCACAUGGAAGCGUACUGGGGUGUGAUAUAGGCUUGCGAUGGUAGCUCUCGCCUAUAUCACUCAUAGCUGCUGUUAUAGUGAAAGACUUACACGGCAGCAUAAUCUAAACUCUAAAACGCAUGUAUGUUUGAGGUUAGGAUUAUAUUUACCAAUCUGCAAAUGUAAAAUGAGCUACCAAAAAUCGUGUAUGGUAGACUGGUACAUUCACGUUAGGUAUUUAACCUGGCACUGUUUGAGUCCUUGGUCUAUAAUAUUUCAGCGGUUUUGCAGUGAGUCUAGUGGAGAUCCUGCUAUUGCACUUCUCAGACAAAUAUGUGGUAUAAAAAAUGAUUAAUUGGUAAUAUCGUGUAAAAUCGAUUUAAAGGAAGUAGCAUUCCCAGUCUACGAUAUGCACUUUUUAAAGGGAAAUUUUUCACGCCAUUGGAGUGAUUUUAAUGUCUAUAUAUUCCUGUCGUAUUUUAUGCCGAUCACCAAUUUAAGUGGAACAUUGAAAGGUGCAAUAGUUGGAGUAAUCAGACUCGUUGAGUGAUGACUGCUCGGCUAGCUAACACCGCUUACAGUGACUUUUUGGAUCUAAGGUGUGAAGUGGGGCAACCUGUGGAACACAAAGUCGCACUGAUUUCCUGUGAUCUCCUCCACUUAACUUUUAAGAAUUGAAAUGCGGAAGAAUGCUUGGUUUCUCCGUGUUUCAGAGUUCCACCACUAGCACUGGACGGUUGAGAACUGUUCAUCGCACUUACUGAUAUUGACUUGUCUCUUGAAUAUUUAUUUAUGUAGUUGUUUAGUUGUUGCAUGGUUCCUUUUAGAUACUGAUCAUGGGUGUGUAAAAUUCUACCUGGAUCUAUGUUUGUGUUAUCAGAAUUCUGUUGAUAUAUUUAUGAUGCUGGUUGUGUAAAGUAAAUUAAGAUGAAAGGUGAGUGCGUGUGUAGAAUAUUUGUAAAUAGAAGGCGUGAGUCGAAGGACCGUCUUCCUCGACGUGCCUUAAGGAAUAUAAGUGUGCAGAAUGUUUUGUUCACCAGUUUCAUACGAAACAGCCUCGGUGCAACUUGGAAAUUGCUAUGCAAUGCUGUCGAGCAAUGAAAGAAGUCUCAGUUGCUCUCAUAGCUGGGACGUGAUGGAACAUUGAAUGUUCUGAGAGCGAGUUGGUUCUGUACACCUUAAGCCAUUGGGCAAUGGGGCGCUCCGUGACAUGUGAUUGCGAUUGUGUGACUAGGGUACAGGAAGAUUUGCUGCGGGUAUCAACAUAAAUAUUAAUAUUGCUAAUUCACUUCUAUCCAUCCUGUGUACGUGAGAGUGUGCAUGCCUGUAAGUGUAUAUCUGCAUGGAUCCAUGCAUAUAAUUUGUGUGCACUCCUUUUGGGUAGUAGUAGGUUAGUGUAUAACUAUACAGUUCUACUCUGUUGUCUCUUAUAUUAUUCUGUUUCCUGAGCAUUUCGUAGGCCUGUGUUUAACAAACACCAAAGCUGUAUUUGGUUGUCUAUAAAGCAAAACAGAAAAGUGCUGCAAGCAGCCACAAUAGAAUCCACAUGAGUGCAUUUGUGACAGGUACCUUCCACUAGUCAAGACUGCAUGAGUUUCACUUAUCAAUGCUGGGGUUACAGUCAACUGAUCCGCAGCCAUUACUGCUGUUGUGAACACACCUUACUGAUGUCAUGUCGCCCAUUUGAUUAGUGUCAUGCACGUGGCUAGGUGAAAGAGUGACUGAGGCAAAAUAAUUUUUAUUUAAGUAGCUCAAAGCUUUUGAUCGCCUACUGGUUUUUGAUACCUAGGUUAUUCAAAUUAAUAUAAACUAUGGCGUCAGCCUAGCUGAAUGCUGAUGUCAAAGUAUUCAUUAUUGUAGCAAUUAUAUAUGCACAACCAUGGUGACCACUCCACAAGGCCACAUAGAUGCGGUCUUACUUUCCCCAUGGGGCACAUAGAUGUAGUGAUACAUGCCAUACCAAUCAUAUAUUCGUACAGUAAAUGGGCAAUAACAUGUAAUUAAAACUGUAAUUCUGUGAGGUCUCCUGCUCGUUUGAACGAGAAUGAACAAUAGUUACUUGAAAAGCAUAGGUGCCCUUCCCUCGCGGGCUUAAAGACUUCAGGUGACAACAAUUUAUUAUGUAGUUACCUCCUAUGUUCUACUUGUCAAUAAGAGAACCCUGACCACCAUCACCAUUAGACGUUCGUGUGAUCUCGUUGGCCCCAUCAGAUGUACGAAAAAUUCCUAUACGUAUUGGUGAUGGUCGGAACUUGCACAACAAACCGGAAAAUUGUAUGGAAAGUAUUUUUACAAUAUGUUCACAUUUUUAUAUAAAAUUGUAUUGUAAUGUGUUCGUUGUGAAAGCGAAUAUAUGUAUGCGGCAGAAAAUUAUGGGUAAUUGUGUAGGUUUUGCAUCUAUUAGGCUCAAAUAAAAGGGUGAAAAAACA